GGAAAUGGGGCGAGGCUCUGGGUGGUGGUCCCCUGGGUCCCAGGCCCAGUUAGGACAUACCACUUACACUGUUGGAUGCUUAGUUUGCUCUGCUGUGAAGUAGGUUGGGCUUCUUGGAACUGAGAAGGCUCAGGGAAAAAGGUGCCUGCUGUGCUGUCUGUGGUUCAUCACUCCUCACCCUCCACUCCUCACCCCCUAGUCUUGAGCCUUAUUUCUGGGUUAAGCUCUCCAAAUGUCACUGUCUUUUUCUCUUUGCCCACUUUCCCCCACCCCAGUUCCUUUCUUGCUGAGUUCUCCCCAUGGUAACCUCUAUACCUGCCCCCAACAUACUCACACCUGAGGUAGCCCAGAGCCAUGUCUACCUUGCUCCUCACAUGCACAACCAUCAUGGUCACUGCCACAUAGCACCCUUCAUUUGGCAAAUGGGGAAACCAAGGCUCAGAGAAGAGGUAUGUGCCUCCAAAGUCACACAGUUGGCUGUGGUUAUCAUAGUGGUAGCAGAAAUGGAAAUGGAGCCUGGACCCUGGUUCCAUUGCUUCUCACGUAGGGCUCUUAGUUGUCUAUAAAAUACAGAUAAUGUACCUACUCAUGAUUAUGAGAAAAUAAUUGAAAAAAUAAAAAAGUAGUAGACCCGCAAUAUUCUCAUAUACCUACCUCCCCUUUGUAAGCCCUGUUCUGAUGACUGUAGCCCUGGGGCUAGGUCUUGGCCCCAUGACUCCAGGGGUCCUCCCCCCAUUUCUUCUCCUGCAUCUGGAGUAUGCCUACCUCUCCUGCCCUCAAAUCUUCACACACCCCUACCCCUGCCAAGUUGCAGAGCUCCUCUUUGCCCUGGGAGGGGUGAGUCCAGCAGUGACUGAGAGAAGGGAAGGGAGAGUGCUCUCCCGCCUUUUGGCCCCAGUCAGGAUAUGGCAGCUCUGGGCCCAGCCCUGACCGCUGGGUGGAAACAGGAAAUAAGUGAGACUUGGUGUGCACUGGUCUCUGUGCUUGGCUCCAUGGCUGAUAAGGGCCAUUGUGUGGCCUUCGGGAUGAGACUGCCCUGGAUAGAUUUGCUUCCCGGAGGAAGGAAGAAAGCUUUGCUGGCCUUUCCUGGGCGGGGGAAGCUGUGGGGAGGGAAGGAAAGGGUGCCUGGGGAAAGGUGCUUGUCCGUGGGGCUGCUGAGGCCCACACAGGUCCACUGGACCCCAGCCCCUCCCAUACCAGUCUCUCCCUCUGGAAAAGUCGGUUUCCCCCUCCACUUCCCCCUUCUCACUUCCUAUAAGGAAUGGCUGGAGACCAGAGGGCUCAGUCCCAGGCCAGGAAAGUGUCAGCUGUGAUUUAGCAACAAUAAAGAUAGAAAAACAGGAACAUUAGAGGUGGGGGGCAGCUAGGGUGCUACUGAAAAGUAAGGAGCAAACAGGGCUAGAGGUGGCCUACAUGCAGGGAACCCAGGAAUCAAUCUCCGAAGUUGGAGACGGGGGAUAGAACAAGGGACCUCAUAGCGCCCUCCUGUCUCCCUGCCAAGCCCCUCUGCCCAGUAUGGUCAGCCCUCUACAGCCCUGGCCUUUCACGCUCAAGGGCUUACCUGCUUCUGUGGGAGGCAGGCAAGUUGGGGGGACAAGCAGGAGGGGCAGUGCCUGUUAGUGGGCCCUCUUGGUUAAGGGAGGAUGUGCCUCUGGUUUGGGGAGUGGUCACAGUGGUGUCCAGCUGACACCAGAGAGUGGGCAGCGAGAGAGACCCUGACCAUGGAACUGCUGAGGAAAAACGCCUCCUACACUCUGACCUGGAGCCCAGGGUCCCCCACCACGGGUGGCUGCAUCAGCUCCUCUAGUUACCUGGGACAACAGGCAUUUCCUCCAUCCCUCGGCCCCUCCUCUUCCUGCCACAAGCCUCUGGGCCAAGUGGCCUCCCAAUCAGACCUGGGCCACUCCAGCUGUGUCCUGAGGAGCUGGACCAGCUACAUCCCCUGGGGCUGGAGUUGAAGCUGAACCAAGUAGCCAUCCAGGCGUGAGACCAUAGAUUCCUGGCUCCAGGAGCAGUUAGACCCAGUAAGCGGGAAGGCAGGCCUGUGCUCAGAGGCUCCAGGGCUCAAAAAGCUGGCUCUACGCAGAGGAGGAUGGCGCUGCAAGUGGAGCUGAUACCCACCGGGGAGAUCAUCCGAGUGGUUCAUCCCCACAGGCCCUGCAAGCUCGCCCUGGGCAGUGACGGAGUGCGGGUGACCAUGGAGAGUGCACUUACCGCCCGUGACCGGGUGGGGGUACAGGAUUUUGUGCUGCUGGAGAACUUCACCAGCGAGGCGGCCUUCAUCGAGAACCUGCGGCGGCGAUUCCGGGAGAACCUCAUUUAUACCUACAUUGGCCCCGUCCUGGUCUCUGUCAACCCCUACCGGGACCUCCAGAUCUACAGCCGGCAGCACAUGGAACGUUACCGUGGUGUCAGCUUCUAUGAAGUGCCCCCCCAUCUGUUCGCAGUGGCUGACACUGUGUACCGGGCACUGCGCACAGAGCGCCGGGAUCAGGCGGUGAUGAUCUCUGGGGAAAGUGGAGCAGGCAAGACGGAGGCCACCAAGAAGCUGUUGCAGUUCUAUGCAGAGACCUGCCCGGCCCCCGAGCGGGGGGGUGCUGUGCGGGACCGGCUGUUGCAGAGCAACCCUGUGCUGGAGGCCUUCGGAAACGCCAAGACCCUACGGAACGAUAACUCCAGCCGGUUUGGGAAAUACAUGGACGUGCAGUUCGACUUCAAGGGUGCCCCCGUGGGUGGCCACAUCCUCAGUUACCUCCUGGAGAAGUCCCGAGUGGUACACCAGAAUCACGGGGAGAGGAACUUCCACAUCUUCUACCAGCUGUUGGAGGGGGGCGAAGAGGAGACGCUACGCAGGCUGGGCUUGGAGCGGAACCCCCAGAGCUACCUGUACCUGGUGAAGGGCCAAUGUGCCAAAGUCUCCUCCAUCAAUGACAAGAGUGACUGGAAGGUGGUCAGGAAGGCUCUGACAGUCAUCGACUUCACUGAGGAUGAAGUGGAGGACCUGCUGAGCAUCGUGGCCAGUGUCCUGCAUUUGGGCAACAUCCACUUUGCUGCCAAUGAGGAGAGCAAUGCCCAGGUCACCAGUGAGAACCAGCUCAAGUAUCUGACCAGGCUCCUUGGUGUGGAAGGCUUGAUGUUGCGGGAAGCCCUGACACACAGGAAGAUCAUUGCCAAGGGAGAAGAGCUCCUGAGCCCGCUGAACCUGGAACAGGCUGCGUAUGCACGAGACGCUCUUGCCAAGGCCGUAUACAGUCGCACUUUUACCUGGCUGGUCGGGAAAAUCAACAGAUCACUGGCCUCCAAGGACGCUGAGAGCCCCAGCUGGCGGAGCACCACAGUCCUUGGGCUUCUGGACAUUUACGGCUUUGAGGUUUUUCAGCACAACAGCUUUGAACAAUUCUGCAUCAAUUACUGCAACGAAAAGCUGCAGCAGCUCUUCAUCGAGCUCACCCUCAAGUCCGAACAGGAGGAAUAUGAGGCCGAGGGCAUUGCGUGGGAGCCUGUCCAGUAUUUCAACAAUAAGAUCAUCUGUGACCUGGUAGAGGAGAAGUUCAAGGGCAUCAUCUCCAUUUUGGAUGAAGAGUGUCUACGCCCUGGGGAGGCCACGGAUCUGACCUUCCUGGAGAAGUUGGAGGACACCAUCAAGCACCAUCCGCACUUCCUCACGCACAAGCUGGCCGACCAGCGGACCAGGAAAUCUCUGGGCCGUGGCGAGUUCCGCCUUCUGCACUAUGCUGGGGAGGUGACCUACAACGUGACUGGGUUUCUGGAUAAGAACAACGACCUUCUCUUCCGGAACCUGAAGGAGACCAUGUGCAGCUCAGAGAAUCCCAUUAUGAGCCAGUGCUUUGACCGGAGUGAGCUCAGCGACAAGAAGCGGCCAGAGACGGUUGCCACCCAGUUCAAGAUGAGCCUCCUGCAGCUGGUGGAGAUCCUGAAGUCCAAGGAGCCCGCCUACAUCCGCUGCAUCAAACCCAAUGACGCCAAGCAGCCCAGCCGCUUUGAUGAGGUCCUGAUCCGGCACCAGGUGAAGUACCUGGGGCUGAUGGAGAACCUGCGUGUGCGCAGAGCUGGCUUUGCCUAUCGUCGCAAAUAUGAGGCAUUCCUGCAGAGGUAUAAGUCACUGUGCCCAGAGACAUGGCCCACAUGGGCAGGGCGGCCCCAGGAUGGCGUGACUGUGCUGAUCAGACACCUCGGCUACAAGCCAGAGGAGUACAAGAUGGGCCGGACCAAGAUCUUCAUCCGCUUCCCAAAGACCCUGUUUGCCACAGAAGAUGCCCUGGAAGUCCGGCGGCAGAGCCUGGCCACGAAGAUCCAGGCCGCCUGGAAGGGCUUUCACUGGCGGCAGAAAUUCCUCCGGGUGAAGCGAUCAGCCAUCUGCAUCCAGUCAUGGUGGCGUGGAACGCUGGGUCGGAGGAAGGCAGCCAAGAGGAAGUGGGCAGCAGAGACAAUCAGGCGGCUCAUCCGUGGCUUCAUUCUGCGCCAUGCACCCCGUUGCCCCGAGAAUGCCUUCUUCUUGGACCAUGUGCGUACCUCUUUUUUGCUCAACCUGCGGCGGCAGCUGCCCCGGAACAUCCUGGACACCUCCUGGCCCACGCCCCCACCUGCCCUGCAUGAGGCCUCGGAGCUUCUACGGGAGUUGUGCAUGAAGAACAUGGUGUGGAAAUACUGUCGGAGUAUCAGCCCUGAGUGGAAGCAGCAGCUGCAGCAAAAGGCCGUGGCCAGUGAGAUCUUCAAGGGCAAGAAGGAUAAUUACCCGCAAAGUGUGCCCAGGCUCUUCAUCAGCACACGGCUCGGUACAGAUGAGAUCAGCCCCAAAGUACUGCAGGCCCUAGGCUCUGAGCCCAUCCAGUACGCAGUGCCCGUAGUGAAAUAUGACCGGAAGGGCUACAAGCCUCGCUCUCGGCAGCUGCUGCUGACGCCCAGUGCUGUGGUCAUUGUGGAGGACGCCAAAGUCAAGCAGAGGAUCAAUUACGCCAACCUGACCGGGAUCUCUGUCAGCAGCCUGAGCGACAACCUCUUUGUGCUUCAUGUGCAGCGUGAGGACAAUAAACAGAAGGGGGAUGUGGUGCUGCAGAGUGACCAUGUGAUUGAGACACUGACCAAGACGGCCCUCAGUGCUGACUGUGUGAACAACAUCAACAUCAACCAGGGCAGCAUCACAUUUGCAGGGGGCCCCGGCAGGGAUGGGGUUAUCGACUUCACACCUGGCUCAGAGCUGCUCAUCACCAAGGCCAAGAACGGGCACCUGGCUGUGGUGGCCCCACGGCUGAAUUCUCGGUGAUAAAGGUGGCCACUGGACCCCCUACCACCCCCCAAUGCUUUGCUUAUCCCCUCCUCUCCUUCCCAGUUACCAAAGACUCGAGCUUCCAGACAGGGACCCAGGGACACCUCAAAGCCCACCUGCAAACUCCUGCCUCCUGCUCGCCCCUUUCUCAGGGGAAGGCAGGGGGUCAGGGAGCUACCCUAAAAGUGGGCCAGGCCGGGCCACAGCAAUAGGAAAGCCGGGGCCAGAGCGAGCCAUGCCAGCCCCACUGCUGAUGCCAAAUAUUCGAGAGAAGGGAACUUUCACUGAGGUUUUCUCUGAGAUUUUUUGAUGCUUUAUAGGAAACUAUUUUUUAAGAAAGCCAUUUCCCCACCCCCAAGACACACUGGAUGUGUUCUCCCUGACUCCAACAGGGCAGGGAACGCAGCUGAGAGAUGGGGUGUGCUGGGCUCUGGUGCCCUCUUCCCUGCCCAGGCCACCCUCUCCUCCUCGUUCCCCUUGGCACCUUGUAUGUCUGUUUGUCUGCCUGCCUGUCUUCCCACCUGCACCCUUUGCAGCCCACUCCAGCCUUCCCCUGGAGGCUGAGACCACCCUUGCCUGCCCCCUUCUUCCUGCCUUAAGAAUGCCCUUUUACUGUUUUCAUCCCAGCCUGGGGGUCCUGGAGUGGGGAAAGGUGUCUUAGAUCAUAGGAUUUGAGAGACCCAGAGAGAUCAUCUUAUCCAGCUCCUGGUGUUAACGGAGCAGGAGACCCAGGGCCAAAGAAGGGAAGGGACUUGCCCACGGCCAUACAGUAGGUUGGGGCGAACCAGUACUGCAGCCUUGUCCGUAGCACACCUCACUGCCUCUCCCAGGGACAGGGAGCCCCAUAAAACAGGGGUCAUGUCUGAAGUGCGCAUCUGGCUCCCUGACCAGCAAUCCUUCUUGGGGGCCGCCAGGUAGAAGAGUACUUCUGCCUGAGUCCAUGCCUUAGGAUGACAAGACCCUGCCCAGACACUUCAGCCCCAAUUUAAGGACAGAGGGCCUUGACAGCCCUGCACCCCCUCCCUGGCCUGGGAUCUGGGGAAGGGGUUGGCCUUGGGAGGAGCUCAGGGCAUCACCUCUUUCUGCUGCUUCUGCCCCAGAGGACCUGGGGGCUGCCCAGCUGCUUCUGUGCCCUCCUGGGGGUCUCAGCCCAUUGCUGACACUUCUGCAAUCCAGAGAAACACUAAAUAAAGCAAUAUGUGUUUGCGAACGUUGGUGUCCUCAUGGAUAUUAGGAAGGGGAGAGGGCCUCUAGAAGGCAACCAAACCAGUUGCCGUUGAGGCAGUUAUGUCUCAUGGCAACCCCAUGUGUAUCAGAGUAGAAUUGUGCCCCAUAAGAUUUUCAAUGGCUGAUUUUGCAGAAGCAGAUUGACAGGCCUUUCUUCCAAGGCCCUCUGGGUGAAUUCAAGUCGCCAACCUUAUGGUUAAUAGCUGAAAACCUAACCAUUUGUGCCACCUAGGGACUCCAGAAGACAACCAGGGACCUUGAAUUGCAAUUCUGCCUUGUCCCCAAAAGGAAGGAGGCCAGGCUCCCUCCCUAAGCAAGGAGAGCAAGAGUGACCAGUAGCUGUCCUUCGAACUUGCCCUUCCGUUGACUGUCUACUUAAGGGCUGCCCAGCCUGGCCCGGUGCUGUGGGCUACAGGGAGAGAUGCAUCACCCAGAGUCCCUGCCCAUGUGGUCCUCAGCUGGGAAGGCAGAACUGGUGGAUGGAAACAGCCCAGCUUGGGUAGUGUAGGCACCAAGGGGUGCCAUGAUAAGAGAAUGACUCCUCAUGAGUGUGAGGGAUUGUAAACAUUUCAUAAAGAAGAUGACAUUUGAGGUGGGUCUAAAA